UUCCGGCGGGCGCGGAGCGCGGGAUCUCCUCCUCCCGUUCCUCCUCCUGCCCCUUCCCCCAUCCCUGGGGAAGUUUGUGCCCCCCUCUGGAAGUUUGUGCCCCCCUCAGGAAGGCUCCAGGCCCCUCUGGAAGGCUCCAGGCCCCUCUGGAAGGCUCCAGGCCCUUCUGGAAGGUUCCAGGAUGUGGCACGAGGCGCGCAAGCACGAGCGCAAGCUGCGGGGGAUGAUGGUGGAUUACAAGAAACGCGCCGAGCGCCGCCGCGAGUACUACGAGAAAAUCAAAAAGGACCCAGCCCAGUUCCUGCAGGUGCACGGCCGGGCCUGCAAAGUUCACCUGGAUUCUGCCGUGGCCCUGGCGGCCGAGAGCCCCGUCAACAUGAUGCCCUGGCAGGGGGACACCAACAACAUGAUCGACCGCUUCGACGUCCGCGCUCACCUGGAUUUCAUCCCCAUGUACACCCCGGCCCUGCUCAGCCCCACCUCCCCAGAGCAGGAAUCGGACGAGCGCAAAUGCAACUACGAGCGGUACCGGGGCCUGGUGCAGAACGACUUUGCUGGCAUCUCGGAGGAGCAGUGCCUGUACCAGAUCUACAUUGACGAACUCUACGGAGGCCUCCAGAAACCCAACGAGGACGAGAAGAAAAAGCUGGCGGAAAAAAAGGCUUCCAUAGGCUACACCUACGAGGACAGCACCGUGGAGGAGCUGGAGAAUUCCCUGGAGAAGCGAGCUGGGGACGAGGAGGACUCCGAGGAGGAUUCCAACACGGACGAGGACGAAGUGAUCCCGGAUAUCGACGUGGAAGUGGACGUGGAUGAGCUGAACCAGGAGCAAGUGGCUGAUCUGAACAAGCAGGCCACGACCUACGGCAUGGCCGAGGGGGAUUUCGUCAGGAUGCUGAGGAAGGACAAGGAAGAGGCUGAAGCCAUCAAAAACGCCAAAGCCUUGGAGGAGGAGAAGGCCAUGUACUCGGGUCGCCGCUCCCGUCGGCAGCGCCGGGAAUUCCGGGAGAAGCGGCUGAAAGGCCGGAAAAUCAGCCCCCCCAGCUACGCCCGCCGGGACAGCCCCACCUACGACCCCUACAAACGCUCCCCGUCGGAAUCCACCUCGGAGUCUCGCUCCCGCUCUCGAACUCCGUCCCUGGGCCACGAGGAGAAGAUCACCUUCAUCACCAGCUUCGGCGGCAGCGACGAGGAGGCGGCCGCGGCCUCCAGCGCCGCCAUUCCCGCCAAGAGCCGCGGCUCCCGGGAGCGGCAGCGCUCGGCACAGCCCGGAGCCUCGGCGCCUUCGCACGGAGCCUCGGCCCGGCGCCGCUCUUCCUCCUCCUCCUCCUCCUCGUCCUCCUCUCGCUCGUCCUCCUCGUCCUCCUGCAGCUCCGGCUCGCGCCAUUCCCGCGCUUUCCGCCGCUCCCGGGGGAUUUUCCGCGGCCGCCGCCGCUCCCGUUCGCGCUCCCGCAGCCGCUCGCGCUCCCGCAGCCGCUCGCGGCGCUAUUCCCGCGGCGGCUCCCGCGACAGCCGGCGCCGCUCCCGAUCCCCGGAACGCGGCCACCGCCGGCGCCGCCGAUCGCGGAGCCGCUCCCGUCGCUCUCUGCGCUCGUGGCGCCGCUGGAGCAGCCAGAGCCGGAGCAGCCGCAGCGAUUCCCGGAGCCCCUCGCGGUCCCGGAGCCGUUCCCGGUCCCGAUCCCGAUCCCGAUCCCGGUCCCGGUCCCAAACCCCGCCCGGAUCCCGGGACAAGGCCCCGCCCCGCGCCCCGGCCUCGCCCGCCGUCGGAGAGAAGCUGAAAAAGGCCGACGCUGCCGCUGGUAAAGAUUCCGGAGCUGCCAAACCCAAGCUGACCCCGCAGGAGAAGCUGCGCCUGCGCAUGCAGAAAGCGCUCAACAGGCAGUUCAAGGCCGACAAGAAGGCGGCGCAGGAGAAAAUGCUGCAGCAGGAGCAUGAGAGACAGGAGCGCGAGGACGAGCUGCGCGCCAUGGCCAGGAAAAUCCGCAUGAAGGAGAGGGAGAGGAGGGAGAAGGAGCGCGAGGAGUGGGAGCGGCAGUACAGCAGGCAGAGCAGGAGCCCCUCCCCAAGACAUGAGUGGGAGCGGCAGCACAGCAGGCAGAGCAGGAGCCCUUCCCCAAGACAUGAGUGGGAGCGGCAGCACAGCAGGCAGAGCAGGAGCCCUUCCCCAAGACAUGGUCGGGAUUACAGCUCCUCACGCAGGCACUCGCGGUCGCACUCGCGGAGCCCCCACUACCGGCACUGACGGACGGGACCCCCCCAAUAAAUCCUUGGAAAAAUCCCAAACCCCAA